AUGCGGAAAACCGUGUUCGAUGCCGUUGGUGGUUCAUCUUCUGAUGGAGAUGAAGAAACAGUCUCAACUUCAAAAGAGCAGCUGAAGACCAAGAGUUUCUCCUGCGCCACCUGUGGAAAAACACUGAGUUCAGAGGGUCAUUUAGCGAGACACGAGAGAACACACACAGAACAGAAAGACUUCAGCUGUAAGAUAUGCAACAUCAGCUUUCCUACCGCAGAAGAGAGGAGACUUCAUUCAAAAGAGCACAGCAUGAAGAAGGAGUUUCACUGUGAACAGUGUGGGAAGGGUUUUUUCACCAAUGCUCAGAAUAUGAAAGCUCAUAUAAAGACACACAACGAAAAGUCUUUCCACUGCAGCGAAUGUGACAAGUAUUUCAGCACCAAAGGAAAUCUUGAUGCUCAUAAGCGAAUCCACACGGGAGAAAAGCCGCACAAGUGUCCUCACUGCGAAAAGAGCUUCAAUCAUGGAUCUCAUCUGAAGAAACAUGUGCGUGUUCACACCAAUGAGAGGCCGUAUCAGUGCAGUGAAUGUGGGAAAACCUUUAGGCAGUUAUCUUGUCUAAAAUCACACCAGAAAAUCCACUCUGAUGAGAAACCGUAUCAGUGCAAACACUGCGACAAACGAUUCCGCCAGAUUUGUCAUCGGAAUUGUCACGAGAGGAUUCACACCGGAGAGAAACCGUAUCUGUGCUCCUACUGCGGGAAGAGCUUUUCUGAUCCACCUCAUUUCAGAGACCAUAAGAGAGUCCACACUGGAGAAAAACCAUAUCACUGCAGCGUUUGUGGGAAGAGUUUCAGUAAGUUUGAUACUUUACGAAAGCACAAGAGGAUUCAUACCGGAGAAAGACCAUUCAAAUGCUCACAGUGUGACAAGACGUUUGCUCGAUCAGACAUCCUUAAGGUCCAUCAGCGAGUUCAUACAGGAGAGAAACCUUACUCCUGCUCCAUCUGCGGCGAGAGAUUCGCUUAUUUAGGUAGUUUUCAGACCCACCAGAACAAACACGCUAAAGAACAAACUGCUCCAGAAUCAUCAGACGAUGAGGAUCAUCUCUUUGCUGACUCUGCAAUCAAGAAGCCGAAGAAGGAAGAAGCUCAGCCUGCAGCUCGCCGCCGUAAAAGAGCCCCGGCAGAGGAAGAACGAGAUGCUCUGGGCCACGAUUGGCCCAGUGCUCGCCUGUACGCUUUGUCCCCAGUCACCCUGAUUCCUCAGGUUGACAGGCGGGUCAGGGCUGACCAAGUGCUCUCUCCUCCUAGUGGCCCCGCUCUGGAGGAACCAGGCCUGGUUCCCAGAGCUAGUGCAGCUCUCAGCAGCAGCCCCGUGGCCCAUUCCGCUGAGGAGGGACCUUCUCACGUAGGCGAAAGGCAUGAUUUGGCAUCCCCGGCCGGAGCUGUGGAGCCUUCAUGUAUGGUGCCUCGAUGGGAGCUUAAUCAGCUCCCAGCUAGAAUGCCAGCUCAUCUGAGGACACAUGUGCGUGUUCACACCAAUGAGAGGCCGUAUCAGUGCAGUGAAUGUGGGAAAACCUUUACAAACUCAGGCUCUCUAAAGUCACACCAAAGUAUACACUCUGAUGAGAAACCGUUUCAGUGCAAAUACUGUUACAAACGAUUCCGUCAUAUUUCUAGUCUGAACAAUCACGAUAGGACUCACACCGGAGAGAAACCGUAUCUGUGCUCUUACUGCGGGAAGAGCUUUUCUAAUCUAACUCAUUUUAAAGAACAUAAGCGAGUCCACACUGGAGAAAAACCAUAUCAAUGCAGUGUUUGUGGGAAGAGUUUCCGUAGGGGUGUUACUUUACAGAUGCACACAUUGAUUCAUACCGGAGAAAGACCGUUCAAAUGCUCACAGUGUGACAAGACGUUUGCUCGAUCAGGCGUCCUUAAGGUCCAUCAGCGAGUUCAUACAGGAGAGAAACCUUACUCCUGCUCCAUCUGCGGCGAGAGAUUCGCUUAUUUAGGUAGUUUUCAGACCCACCAGAACAAACACGCUAAAGAACAAACAGCAGUUGCUUUCAUCAUUCAUGCCAUGUGAUAUAUGACAGUACACAUGAUUACAAUUUAAGACAUGCACAAUAUAAUAUACAACAGUUGAAUUGGAUUUCUGAACAGAGUUCAUAGUGUGGAUAUUUAGUCCAGCAUCACUGAGUGAUUUCACUGUUUGUACAGGAUUACAGACCAGAGUGUGAGUCAUUUUUGUCAUAUACUUUGAAACUAUUUUCAUUUAUGGAGUAAAAGCAUGAACUAUUGGUUUU